AAAGCUUGUUUUUUGGGGUUUUUGAAGGGUACAUUCAUUACUUUAAUUAUAAAAAUGGCAGUUACAGGUGCUUUUUUCAGGGACCAGAUGCGUAUUCGCAAUUAGCCAAUCUUCUUAAUGAUCAAAAUUGGGGGCGAAAAUUUUUUGAUAAUGGCCAUCAAACGUUUGUUCUGUUAUUUGAUGCGCAAGCUGAAAAGAGAGAACAACAUAAAAAAAAGCCCCGAUUACCAAAAUUAACGAUCGAAUGGAAAACAAAGAGCCAAAAGGAUGCGAAAAAUAAUCAAGCU